CUGACCCCUCCGGCAGCGGAGCUCUGACAAGAAGCAGCAGCAGCAAGUAGGGAGCGGGAAAGGGGACCACAGAGGGGCCCCAGACUAUGGGGCGAGCAAAACACUAGAUGCGCCUCCUUCUUCCUAUUGAAGCAAAGCCUGGAGAAACAGCCCAGAGGGAGCCAGUGGGCAGCGAAGGAAGGAAGUGAAAAUAGCGGAGGAGUCUGCAGCUGCCUGGGGUCUCCAAGGACUGUGAAAACCAACCAGCCCCCUGCAUGGUCUCCCCACCUCCAAUCCGCGCAGCCCAACUGAGACCAGAGAGCAGAGCUACUCAUUCACCCUUUCUCUAGGGCCCGCCCAAGCUACGUCGGGGGAAGGGGGUGAGUCCUUGGGACAGACCCUCGAGUCUGAUCGACAGACCAACAUCCUGUCAGAGGGGCAAAGAGAAAGCGGGAGCGAACACAAAGCAGGCCCGAAAGCUUCGCUAGGCUGAGAAGCCCCCUGGGCUCCCUGCCCUCUCCCAACCUUCUUUCUGUGACUGACCCAGAGUGGACCAACGAUUCCGCCUUCUCUCCUUCUUGGGCUUCCAGGAAAGAAAAAGGGUAGCACCACCGGCGGACAAAGCGGCAGCAGCAGCGAGGGAGAGCUGGAAAGAGAGGGGGGGUCGCGCUGUGGACAAUGGGACUGCGUCUCCUCCUGCUCGCCUGCUUGGGAUUCAGCUUGUUUGGCUCCCUGCUGUGCACGCGGACCCCAGCACAUCCUCUAGACUCUGAGAAAAAUAAUGAUACUGUGGGCCCAAGGACAUUUCUAUUCAGGAAUUCUCCUAAUGAGUAUGAAUCGUUUGCAUCCUGGGAGGAUGAUCAAGAAACCACUCCUGAAAACACACCAGCCUCCAUCAAUAAGACAAGUCGUAUUCAAAAGCCACAGCCCAAACAUCUGUCUGAAGAUGCUUCCAGAUAUCUGACUGGUCCCUGGCUGACACUCUUCGUUCCUUCGGUUUAUACUGUAGUAUUUGUCGUAAGUCUGCCUUUAAAUAUCGUCGCUAUCAUCGUGUUCCUUGUGAAAAUGAAGGUCAAGAAACCAGCUGUAGUAUACAUGCUGCAUCUGGCUACUGCAGAUGUUCUGUUUGCGAGUGUGCUGCCCUUUAAAAUAGCGUACUACUUUUCUGGAAGUGACUGGGCUUUUGGGUCUGGAAUGUGUCGCUUUGUUACUGCAGCUUUCUACUGUAACAUGUAUGCUUCAAUAAUGCUGAUGACAGCCAUAAGUGUGGACCGUUUCUUGGCUGUGGUGUAUCCGAUGGAGUCCCUUUCCUGGCGCACCCUGGGGCGUGCUUCCUUCAUUUGUCUGGCCAUAUGGAGUAUUGCUGUAGGGGGUAUUAUACCUCUUGUUAUCAAGGAACAAACUACAGAAAUCCCUGGGCUAAAUAUAACCACCUGCCAUGAUGUCUUAAACCAAAAGCUACUUAAAGGGUAUUUUGUUCAUUACUUCCUGGCUUUCUCUUCAGUUUUCUUUUGUGUACCAUUAGUCAUUUCCACAGUCUGUUAUGUGUCCAUUAUCCGCUGUCUUAGCUCGUCUUCCAUUGCCAACCAGAGCAAAAAGACCCGGGCCUUACUCUUGUCUGCAGCUGUGUUCUGUAUCUUCAUCAUUUGCUUUGGACCCACAAAUGUUUUUCUGAUCACCCACUACUCCUCACUUAUUUAUAGCAGCACAACUGAGAAAAUCUACUUUUUCUACCUUCUCUGUGUGUGCAUCAGCAGCAUAAGUUGUUGCAUUGAUCCCUUGAUUUAUUAUUAUGCUUCUUCUGAUUGCCAGAGAUAUCUCCGAAGUCUCUUAUGCUGCAGAGACAGUUCUGAUCCAAGCAGCUUCAACAGCAGUGGCCAGUUGAUGCCUAGAGCUAGUAAAAUGGAUACGUGCUCCACUAACAUGAGUAACAGCAUAUACAAAAAGUUGUUAACUUAGCAGGUGAUUAGAUUUUGAAGUUGUAUUAAAAAAUAAUCAGCUAGCAGAUUUGAGAUUCUAUUUAGCACCUGUCAAAAAGUAUUAAUCUCACCAGCUAAAAGAGCAGAGGACUUACGAUGCAUCCUUCUUAACCACAGACAUUGAGCAUGGAUGUUUGCUAAAAGCAUUUCACUACAAGAUAACGUAGGCAUUAAUGACAGUGUUACUGAAGAAGUGCAUUUGUAAGCAUUAUUAUAAAGUUGAAUGUUAUAAAGAGACUAUCUCUUUGACAUACUCACAGUGUACUAUAUGAUAGGCACUUUGAAAACCAUUUUCUCUUUUUUUUCUUGAUUUGGGCUAAAUGACAUCCACAGUCCCUUCCAGCUCUAAAAUUCUGUGACCAUGUUAUACAACAAUAACCUCUGUGACUGAAAAUUCUAUAUAUAAGUGGUUUUUAUGAGGUUUUUUUUUGGAUAAUGUAGUUUUGAUCAACUCAUAGUAGCUGAAUGGCAAUGCGGCCAUGUCUUUAAUUACAACUUUAGAGAGAUAGCAUAGACUUGUGCAGUUUUCAUGGAAAAACAUAAUCUGUGAGAGUCUUUUUGAUUACAGCUUUUCAAACAGUGGUAGGCAACAUUUGAAUUAUUAUGAGACUAAUAGAUAUUUAUAAUAACAGAAUCUGAACCUUAAACUUUUAAGAGAAAACAAAAAUGUGAAGUCUUAAAAUUGCUGAAAUGAUGAAAAGACUACCUUUUUAGCAGUCCUACUCUAAAGAUUCUUUUUGGUCAUCAACAAAUCAAAAACUAUGUUUGAAAGCAAGUAUCUCAGCAGAAUAAAGAAGUCACAAACAGACCCAGGAUGAAAGCCUAUGUGGUGUUCAUGGGGCAGUAGAGUACUGCACAAUUACAUAUUUAAAAUUGUAAAUUUGCACUUAGAGGUAGACUGUUGUGGCAGAUAGAGUAGCAAGUCCAGACAUCAAGUCCUGCCUUUAACAUAUUCUAAGUGGAUGACUUUGGAGUAAGUUAUUUAACUUUUCAGUUCCCCGGGCAACUCUCCAAGAUUAUAAGUGGUAGACAUAGAUUCCAUAUCACCUAUCUAGGCCAAAAAAUGAAACAUUGCACUGGGUUUAUGAGGAACAAUUAAAUAUCUAUGAGAGUGGUCUUCAUCAUCCUGAAUCAGCAUCAUAAUAGAAAACUGGAAGUAGGGAACAAGGUUUCUGAGGUUUGUCAGAUGUGGAAGAUCAGGAGCCCUCCUGGUGUAAGAUGCCAGAUGCACCAGCCAUUACCACCAAAACAACAGGCAGAGCUCUCGCUGCUCUGUAAUCCAUCUUGUUUAUUAGGACCAGAUGUGUAAAUAAGAAUACAGGGCACCAGAAGACUUGUAUCUGAAUGAUGUAUCUACAUUUGCAGGUCAUAUGCCCCAGGAGCAUGAAAAGGACAGCUUCCGAACAGUGUUUAAUCACACAAGUUUCAUGUUCCUACAAAAGCAUUCAUUAUCACAUUUAGAAAUGUAUUUAGCAAGAUGUGACUCACACAUGUUCUCGUAAGCCAUAUACAAAGGCAGUCAUGGAAAGAGGUUUGACAACUCAUGCUGUUUCUGAUGGUGUUAAAAUGAAAACAGAGUAAAACCACAGAGGGAUGCUUUUGGAAAUAGCUCCUUCAACCUGCAUUAAUUUGAACACCAUCUACUUGUGAAUGUUUUGUUGAAGGAAUUAUCUUAAAUAAGCUCCUUCUGAAUAAGAAGUUGAGAACUUUGGAAUGGUUACAUAAGAAAAGUUCGUGGAAUUUAAUGUCUGUAGAAUUGGAGGACUUUUUUAUUUUCCAUUCAUUUAUUUUUGAUAUAUUAAUUCUGCAUACAAUGCUUUCUUUUCUACUUAAAUCUUUAUGGUAAUUAUGAACCCCCACUUUUAAUAGUACAUAUGUGGUUUUUCUGUUUUUUUAAUUACUUGGAUAAACCUAAACAUAUAGUGAUUUUUAAAGGAUUUCAUAAAAAAAAACCUUUUCUUUAAAAAAAAAUUACUAUAGUCUAAUUGUAAAGUACAGAAGAUUCAUUUGUUUAGACCUUACUAAUUUGGAAACCAAGCUGGUUUAUCUUUAUGUUGUCUGUGGGGGAAAAAGGGACCUAAUAAUCAAAUAAACUCUCUCAAAAGACUAGCAGGGAAAUUUUGACCUUUUUAAAAGAACAAACUCUGUCAAACACUUUAUAAGUAACCAUUUAUAUACCAAUAAAAUAAUUACAAUAUAAGAAGGAGCUACUGAAGAAAUUGCAUUGAUGUGUUCAGAAAAAAUCUUUCUGAUAAACUCAUUUAAGCAGGAAUGAAGCUAAGGGUCACUUCACAACAUCACAGACCUACAUUUUAAAGUAGCAAAACUACAUGUCUUUACAAAUUUUUACAGUAUUAUCUAGUUCCAAGUUAGAGUAACUUUAUACCAUACUCUUCCAAAUUAAUGAGGUUUUACUGUGUGUAUUAUGAUCUGUUCAUUCUGUGUAUAAUAUUAAGCUGAUCUGGAUUAAUAGAAGUAUCUGUGUAUUAUCUAUGUUUGGAAAGUAAUGUGUCAUUGUGUUCAUUUUCAUUGUUUGGAAUUUCAUUCAACCUACACUAAUAAACUUGUAAAAUGU